UAUUUCUUUCCCCCUUCGUCUUUCGAUAUAACCGCAACAUAUAUAUCGUAACCAAUUGUGUAUAAAACCUUUUUCUCCCCCUUUGUCAUUAAAUGAAUUACAAUUUUCAUUAAUUAUUAAAUAUAGAUGCUAUCCUAAAAAUCUAACCUAUCAUCCCACGGGAAGAGAACGCCACUUCGCGCAAACAUGGCGUUAAUCGUCCAGCGAAUUCAAACGAGUCACUUAAGCGCAUCAGUUUCUAUGACUACGGCUAGCAAAACAUUAGCAUCGUAUAAUACCUGAUCAAUCAAAGGAUAAAUGCGCAGUCUAUGCGCCGGAGAGUCGUCCCCACGCUACGUUCCCACGAGCUACACCGGGCGAGAACGCGAUCGUUGAGAAAAUGGACCCUGAAAAGACCGUUUCCGGUAAGACCGCCGAACGACCGAUAACCCGUUGGCGGCGGGACCAGCAGGAGGAUGUGGCUAGCACCUCGACCAAAAUUGACAGGCCGCCGACCGGCAUGGUGAGACCUCAGAGCAAGUAUGAUCGGCCGAGAUCUCGACGGGGGCACAAAGACGAAUCGUCGGAAUACGCCGGUUCGACUGUUAAUUUUCGUUCGGCGACGCCCGGACGUCUUGCCCUGGCAAGGCCGCCAUCGACAUCCUUCCUGUCUAAUCGUGUUCCAACCGCGGGCUCUCGGCUCGUCAGAAUGGAUUCCGGACUGACUCGAUCUAGCACAGGACUAGCCGCGACCAAGCAGUUCAAUGUCAGUAUAUUAGAUCGGCCGAUAACGCAGCAUGGGAUCGCGGGUGUGCGGCCGGGAACCACCAGAGGUUUACCGAUGACUAGGCAGAUUCAGGACAAGAGAUACUAUGAAGGGUUGCUGCAGCUGAAAAUAAGGGAACUGACCCAGGAGGUUGGGACCAUAAUGAAGGACAUAGACACGCAGAAUAAAGAGAAGGCCACCUUUCUGCACUAUGACAAGAGAGCCAAGAGCUUAGCUGCAGAAUUGACGACUUUGCAAGCCGAAUUAGCAGAUUACAAUCUCGUCGUGGACAAGAUGACCUUGGAUGUUGACAAGGGAACGAUAGAACAGGAGGCUAAGGAGCUUGAACUGAUGAACGAACGCAGAACAGCGGAGGUCGAGCGACUGUUUGAGCAACGUAAACAAAUGGAACAAAGGUUGCACAAAAUGGAGAAAGAUAUUGAGAACGAAAAAAAGCGAACUGAACAUCUGAUCGAGAGCAUGGACCCGCAGACAAAGGAGAAGUACGACGACCUGUCCCGGCAGAAGACGGACUUGCAGGAGCAAGCGCAGCAGAUGCAGCGCGAGCUGGAUCAAUUGUCGAAGGAACAGGCUCACCUGGAAGAGCAGAUUGCACUGUCGCAGGUGAAACAAGAAGCGGUGAAGCUUCAGGUUAGAAUCAUAGAAGCGGAGGAGAAGCGAGACCGACUGCGAGAAGAAGAACGUAGGCGAUUGUCACCAGAGGACGAGAAGGAGCAACUGCUGCAGAGGAUAAAGCACGACAAUACGGACAUCGCUGCGACAGAGGCGCAGAUAGCCGAGAAAGAGAGGAAAGUGAGCGAAUUGGAACUGGAGCUGGAACAAUUGGAAACGGAUAUGGAAGAUAAUCAGUCGGAGAAACAGGUGAAAUACAAAGAGCUGCGUAAACGGGAGGAGACAAUGGAGCAGUUCAUGUUGACAUAUGAGCAAAACAAGCAGGAAGAGAUUGAGAAACUGGAGAAACUCAAGCGAGACAUUGUCGACAAACUGGCAGCAGUAGCGAACGGAGUGGCCAACAACGAAUACCUGACGGAGGCCGAGGAAAUGGCCGUGUUGCGCGACAAGUUUUCGUACAACGAUUAUGAAGUCACGCAUCACGACGACGAUUUUGAUAGUCUGAAGAAGGAUUACGCCACUAUGCAACAAACAUUCAACAAGAUGAGAAUCCUAGAGGAGAAACUGCAACUUGAGUCCAAGCAGAUGAAGGAGAAACUGAAAAAACAGCAGAGCGAACUGAUCAUUCUGGAGGAUCUAGACGGUCUGAAAACACGAAACGAGCUUAAACGAGACGAGUUAAUUGUUGAACGUGAAGGACUGGUGUCUGAGGAAACGAUACGCGAGGAUGAGCUCAAGUCCCUGCAAACAGAAUAUGACGAAAUCAAAGAGAAGCUGGAGAAAUACGAGGUUUAUCCAGAGAUCAAUAGCCUGGAGGAUAAGCUGGCGAAAUUGAAAGCGGACAACAAGGAGAUCAAGGAAUUCAUGAACAAAGAGAAGGAGCGCGUUAAUUACGAACCGCUUAAAGAGAAAGCAUUCAAAUUAAUCAAUGAUUACGGUCUGGUGCUUCGGGAAAAUCUGAAAUCUCUUUAUUGAAUCGUAUGUUUGUCUUUUUGAGAUAUAACAAUGUUUCUUAGAAAAUAAUAACAAUGCGAAUAUGAGACAACGAUAACGACGAUUAUAUACCUGCGCUUACGACUGAAUUGUCUUUAUCUCACGCGUUUUGUCGUUCGAGUCUUAUAUGUUUAUUAUUAUUACUAACAAUUACCUCAUUCUUGUCCGAAUCGAAAUCGGCUGGGAGUGGUAUUUUAUUCAACUUGAAAAAUUCAAUAAAUCCAUGUUUGAAAGA